AUGAAGCGAUUGAUAGCGGAGGGAAAGUUUGACCCCAAGAGUCAACUCACAGUCAGUGAACAGAAUCUGAUUGACUGCUCCGGAGAUUUCGGUACAACUGGUUGUAAGGGAGGUAUGCCUCAGCAGGCAUUCAAAUACGUGGCCGCAAACAAAGGCAUUAUGGGAGCGGAUGCCUACCCCUACGCCGGAAAGUUGUGUUUAUAUGACGACCAGAAAGACGAUUGUGUCUACAAUCCGGCCAAACGAGUGGACGUCGACGUGAAGAAAGGCAAACGCCUGAAGACGGGACGGGACGAGCAGUUGGUGACCGCUAUCUAUACCUACGGACCCGUUGCCAUCGCAGUGCACGUCACCAAAAAUAUGGCCGCUUAUAAGUCCGGCAUUUUCGAUGACUCCAAGUGUAUCGCGAAGAAAGUGAAUCACGCGGUGGUAGCCGUCGGAUACCAUCCCGACUACUUCAUCGUCAGAAAUAGUUGGGGCGCGAAGUGGGGAGAGAGCGGGUAUAUCAGGAUCGCCAGGCGUAAGACAAACACGUGUGGGAUCUCACAGCAGGCCUGGUAUCCUAUAGUUCCCAAUGCCGUCAACACUGAAGCCAUGAGAGACAGACUCCUAGAAAGACCUGAACUGGGGGUGGGAGUGAUUGGCCCCCAAACCAACGAUACCUCGGAUACGGAGAACGAGACACGAGAUUACGAGUCGCGUCAAUAG